CGUCAUUAGGCUGCGCCGCGCUCCUGCGUCUGUGAUUCUGCAGAAGAAAGGACAAAGUGUCCAAACACAGAAAAACUCCUGAAUCAUCUGAGAUCCACGAUUAUAAAGAUGGAGUUUAUUAAAGAUGAAAGUGAAGACAUGAAGAUUGAAGAAACAUUCAGAGUUAAAGAAGAAGAUACUGAGACACAAACAGACCUGAUGGUGCUGAAAGAGGAGCGUCAAGAACAGAAUGAAACAAAAGACAAGGAUCAAAAUGAGAAACAUCAUGAUUUCAAAACUGAAGAAGAAUCGAUUAGUUGCUCACAGACUGAAAAGACUUCCUCACCAAAAAAAGCUCAAAAAACACAAACUACAAACCUUUAUUCACACCUUAGAAUUCAUACUGGAGAGAGACCUUUCACCUGCCAACAGUGUGGAGAAAUUUUCAAUCGUAAAGAAAGCCUUAAAUUCCACAUGAAAACUCACACUGAAAAGAAACUGUUCAUAUGCUCUCAGUGUGGAAAUGGUUUUACACGGAAAUAUCACCUUAAUGCCCACAUGAUCAUUCACACUGGAGAGAGACCUUACUCCUGUAAACUGUGUGGGAAGAGUUUUACACGAAAUGGAGAUCUUAAGACUCACAUAAGAGCUCACACUGGAGAGAAACCUUACAUAUGUAAUCAGUGUGGAAAGAGUUUUACACAGAAUAGUCACCUUAAUGUCCACAUGAGAAGUCACACAGGAGAGAAGCCUUUCACUUGCAAAUUGUGUGGGAAGAAUUUUACACAGAAUAGUCACGUUAAUGUCCACAUGAGAAGUCACAUGGAAAAGAAUCCAUUCAUAUGCUCUCAGUGUGGAAAGUGUUUUACACAGAAAAUAACCCUUGAUGCCCACAUGAUCAUUCACACUGGAGAGAAGCCAUUUGUAUGUCAGCAGUGUGGAAAGAGUUUUACACAGAAAAAAAUCCUUAAUGCCCACAUGAGAGUUCACACUGUAGACAAGCCUUUCACCUGCCCUCAGUGUGAAAAGAGUUUCACAGAUAAAGCAAACCUAAAGACUCACAUUAGAAUUCACACUGGAGAGAAUCCAUUCACAUGUGAUCAGUGUGGAAAGAGUUUCAGAUAUAAUGUAAACCUUAUUUAUCACGCGAAGAUUCACUCAGAGAAGAGUUUUAAAUGUCAUCAGUGCGAAAGGAGUUUCACAGACAAAAAUCACCUUCAGGAUCAUGUAAUAACUCACAUUGGAGAAAAGCCUUUCAUGUGCCAUCACUGUGGAAAGAGUUUCACAAGAGAAGGAAGCCUCAACAUUCACAAGGUAGUUCACACUGGAGAGAAACCUUACAAGUGUCAUCAGUGUGAGAAGAGUUUCACAUGUCUGAGCAGCAUGAAACGUCAUUUGCGAACUCAUUCUGAGAAGAAAUCGCAAUUUUCCUCAGAGUGACGAGGUUUAGAAAAAGCAAUUUCUACAAUCAUCUGGGCAUUCAUUCUGGGAGACAAUUCAAUUGUAGUCAGUCUAGUAAUAUAAUAAUUUACCAUCACACUGAAAAGUCAUGCAAAUGUGAGACCCAGUUUGUGUUUUUUGUUGAAGAGUUUGACAAGAAAAAAAUGCUGUGUGAAAUCAAAGCUAUGUUCACACCACAGCUGAAUGCAGGCUACAUCUGAUUAUCACUUAUGACUUCUUCUUUUACUUGCAUCCUUCAUCUCUUUAUGCUUCACCAUAAGGAUUUUUAUUUUUUUUCACAAGUUCGCCUGUCCAUCCAGUCCUGAUGAUUAAUGGUAAACAAACUUGGCUUGCUGUCCCCAAUGGGGGCUUGAACCUGAGGCUCAGCUUGAGUUCAUUUGAUGCUGGGGCGGUCGAAUGAGUGCUGCUUAUAUUGGUUCGUAUUGAUAAUUGACAGGCCUGAACGAUUAGGCUCCUCCCGAACCUACAUUUGGAAUUUCAUUUUGUGCAUUUGUACUCCUGUGCCCAUACCUGUUCAUCAUCUCUGCUGUAGUUUCAAAUAUUGAACAGUUACAAUAGAUUCCCUCAAAUUUUGAGUUGUCACGCAAUUCCAUGUGUUGAUUUCCUCUGAAUCAAAAUAUAAGUCAAACUUUUACCUUGCUGGGAAAAGCAACAGUGUAACUGGAAGAUUACAAAUAAACCGAACAAAAUGACUUGUUCCCAUUGAUUGUAGGUGUAUUUUAGCUUAUUGUUUAGUCGAUUUCAAUUGAAUGUUGUAAUAUCUGGAUAAGUUUACUGAUUUUUGAACUCUGAAAAAAAACAGGCAACUUUAAAUUUAUGAUCAGGAAAAGCAUGGAAAUAUUCUAGUUAUAUGCAGGUCUGAAAUUUUAUUUUAAUUUUAAUUGUUUAUUUUGUUUAUCAGAACAGUUUAUUCAUUGUUGUGCUUCCAGUAGCCUGUAUGUACAUGUACGUACUGUUUCCUUUCUAAGUAAUUUGCUGCAAUAAACAAUCCUAAGCAGUUUGUCUUCCUUCCUUUUCUUGUUAAUUACAGUAUAUAUUAGAAAAAGUAUUUUAAAGAAUUUAUGCAUUCUCCACACUGUUUGUAGGCUUGUGGGCUGCUGGAGCCGAUCCCGUAUCUCGGGCCGAAGGCAGGGCAGCACCAUGGAUAAAUGGCCAGUCCAUUACAGGGCUGAAUGUAUUAAAAAAUUAAAAUUUUGUCAUUAUUUACUCGUACGAUCCAAACCCAUAAGAACUUGAGCAGCUGAGUUCAGAAUGUAUCCAAGAUUAUUCAUUCUCUUGAUGGGCGGGCCAUAGUAAAGAGAGAUUCAGUAGUCUAGAGUAGGUGAUAAAGUGUGUACAAGAAUUUCUGCACCUUGAUAUUUAGAGUAGGAUGCCUAUUUUACCUUUCCUGUCUUUGCGGACCAAGAAGGGAACCCUCGAGCACACCAUAAGAAAUAGGUGCAAUCUUUUCAAUUUUCCUGUAGUCCUCCAGGAUGAGAUCCCAUCUGAACACUGCACCAGCCCUCUUCUUCUUGGGACUCUGGUGAAUGGCUCAGAACCUGAAAAAAAUAUUCUAAGUCAUACACAUACAGCAGACAUGCAACUGAGUGUCUUUGUCACCAUCAGAUAAUAUCUGUCAAUGUCCAGGACCCUCCGAGCCCUCUUCUGGCUGCCAUAGCCCAUCAGGUUCUUGUUAGAAACUGGAGAGAACACCCUUACCUUCCAAAGGUGGUAGGACAUCCGCACCAUCAACUGAUGGGUGAAGAACCAGUUGUUGGUAUAUGGUGGUAACUGAGGGCUGGGACAGGGGGCUCAUACCAAAGCUUAAAAUCUGGGCACAGCUUGCCGGAGUGUAUACACUCUUGGCAGUCCAUCUCUGGUCCUGCACAGUGAUGGUCUUGCUUCAUUCACCUGGCAACCAGAAUGAAGCUGAGGCCCUAGCAGGGACUGGCCAGACUAUUCCAGGCUCCCCAGUUUGGAAGACAAUUUGUUUAUUGUUCAAACAAUGGUUAAACUAAUACACACCACAGCCUGUCCAAUACAUAGGUGGAGAAUGGAGCAGGUGUGGUGGUCCUCACAGAGACCAUAGACGUGUCCUCACAGAAGAUGAAGAGCGAGAGGGGCUGGGAGGAGAAGGCCUGGGGGCCCUUGCAGAGGAUGGAGUAGAGGGGCUGGGGGGGCCUCCUAUACACUAAAUUGGGCUUCAGUGAAGCCAACUGGGACACACCAAAGCAUGACUUGGUGAACUAAAAAGAGAAAUAAAGUACACAUCACAUUAAUUGCAUCAUGCAUGGAGCCGUGUCUAAAGCCUCAGACUGUUGGGGUGCAGCUGAAGACUGAGUGGCAGGCUGCUAAAACAACAGU